AGUACCAGUAUCGUAUAUCUUAAGGAUAGCAAAGGAAUACGUGCAUCUCUUCGUGUUAGAUAUAUCCGGAUCCCAGUUCCGGUUGGCUCUCUCUGUUCUGGAAGUCUUUUGGUGGACAUUGAAGUUUAAUUUUUUUUUUCUUUUCAUUCGGUGGCUUGGCGGCGCAUUAACGCAACGCCAAGACAAAAUUCAUUUAAAAUUCGGGGCAUACAGAACAACGUUUCCGGAAUGCCGACCAUUCGGCGUUGCUGCAUCAUCGGCUGCAUGUCCAAUUCGCGGCAGCAUCCGAGCAUGCAGUUCUUCGCCUUUCCACGGCCGGAGAGUCCGUUCCACAAGCUCUGGAAGGAGGCGUGCCACGCUUCGCUGCGUAGGAUCAUACCAUUCAAGAAGCCCGUGGUGUGCGCUCUUCACUUCGACCCCAGUGUCCUGGGCGGACGACGUCUACAAUCGAACGCUCUUCCCACGCUACGGCUGGAGGUGCCAUCGAAUAUGGCCGCUGUGGAGCAGCAGGCGAUGGUGGAGGAGAUCGAGCGCAGUCGCAAGUGCGCCUACAUCAAUGCCGUCGUCUACGAGUGGUUAGUGCGCGCCAACAUCAAUCCCCAACUGCGUGGCAGCAUCACACAUGGCAUGAUCAAGGAUAAGGCCGAGACUGCCCGUCAGGUGAUCGGCAGCACAUCUUUUAUUGCCGACAAUCGCUGGCUGAACCGGUUCCGCGAGACACAUCUGCAGGGCUUUGCCCAGAAGCUGGCCACCAAUCAGCUGAAGCCCAUGGGCACUUCCCUCUGGAUUCCUGAUAUUGUCCACGACUUGCAGCACCUGUUCCCCCCGGCCAGUGCGGAGCGUGUCGCUAAGCUGGAGGAGAUGCCGGAGCACUACAUGAACUACAUGCAGCAGUAUGGCGAGUACGAGGAGGACGAAGACAGUAUGGACAUCAAGGAGCAAAGCUAUCAGGAACAGCAGCAGCAACAGCAUUUUGCUCUCCAGCAGCAGCAACAGCAUCUGCAGCAGCAGCAUCCGAUGAAUCAUCCAUGGCCGCCGUUUCCGGGACAGCCGUCACAUCCGCCCCAUCCAGGCUUCACUAGUUUUAAUGAUUAUUACUUCGAGCGCCACCAGCAACAGAUGCAGCAACAGCUUCAGCAGCAGCAACAACAGCAAAUGCAUCAGCAAAUGCAUCAGCCGCAGUUCCCACCAGUGACGGCUCCUGCGACACAGCCCCAGAGGGAGCCAUUCCAACCACAACUACCACCGAAUGUUGGGCCCCAACGUGCCAGUCCCUUCCAGCCAGUUCUCCUGGCUAAGCACCCGAAGAUGGAGUCGGCGACUGACAUGGAAGUGCAGGAAAUCAAUUGCUCGACAAUAUCUCGAGGGUCGCCAUUGCUCCUGGCCGAGCCCACACAAGCCACGCAGGACCUCACAGAACAGACCGCCAAUCUACGGCUGCCCAGUCCCAAGGAGCAGAACAACAACAGCAGCGGAGGGCGCGACAGUGCCAGCAGUAAGGAGAAUGCUCCCAAGGCAAGCGGCGGCAGCAGUGGAAAAUCCACGCCAGCACACUCCGCCAAGGGCAACAGCUCGCCAGCGCAGCCAUCCACAUCGGCGCCUGCUUCGCCCAAGAGAAUCUCCAAUGGCAGCAGCAGCAGCAGCUCUGGCAGCCAGACAAAUGGUCACGCAUCUCCAGAACCCGAGUCGAAGGCCUUGGCCAUUACAAACGUGCUGAAGGAACUCGACAGCUACACCGACGCGCUCGAAUAUCUGAAGCCACUGGAGGAUUUUGUGCUCUUCAAAGAGAACUUUCGAGCAAUUGGCCUGCUCUCCCAGUUGGAGUUGGUUCUGCGCAAGGGCGACAAGGGCACGCUAGUCGAGGGCUAGAGUUGUUGCUCUAUUAAUGACAAACACAAAUGUGAUGAACAUCGUACAUACAAAUGUAUCGAAUAGAUUACUGAAAUAUGUAGUAUUAUUAUUUUGAGCUACCAUUAACUCAGCUACGUAAUUUUAGCAGACGGAACUAUGACUUUAACGAAAUAAAAAUAAAUAAAUCAUUAAUUUAUUAAUUAAAACAAUAGGAAUAUA